UAAUAUAGUAUCAUCCCCUCGUUCACCUGGCAGGUCGAGUUUGAUACAAUGCAUAGUUUGGAAAUAGUGGCCGACAUGGCAUUCAAUAACAUGGUCGAGGAUGCCACUUACUGACAUGACACAUAUGACACAUGAUAGAAUAAUACUCGAAGUAUAGGUGCAUUCUUGUGUACACUGCUUGACAGCCCCAUUGAGGUUCGUUUUGAUGUUUGUGUGUUAGCUACAGCAUUCCAGUACCCUCUUGCUCCAUAUCGUGGCAUUGGCAGUGUACGGGUACUGAGUGUCGCUUACGCAAGCGCUCGUGUUUGUUGCUUCGUUGGCUGAUCGAAUUGCCAUAGUUAUAUGGUGGAUGCGACACCGUCCGGUUUUUUGUUUUUUUGUUUUUGCUAGAGUGGACAAUGAUUUACACACCCAGCAAUUUCAUAAUCUCAGCCAGCACCUUCACCGGCAUGGAGAACCGAGCUACUUGGCUUGAUGAGGGCGUUUCUGUCGAUUGUCUGGUCAAGUUUCUUGAUCUGAGUCGGGAUGGCCCUUUCCGACAAAUCCCCUUUUUAGCAUACUUGAUAUCGGCGACGCGCUGCGCUCGUAUCAAGCAAGCAAGCAUAUCUGCGUCUGGAUGGCAUCAGACUAGAAUAUCAAUGCUGCUCUUCGGCGCUUCUCCUAGAACCCUCUCGAAUUCCGAGCUAUGCUUGGACGUUGUAAUGCCCUGCUUGGUGGAGAGUUUGCCAUGCUCUUCCUGGUACGAGCUUCCACAAGGGAAAAAGAAGGCAGUGGUGAAGUUGUUCGUUCGUACGGGUUCAGAGGCGAGAUUGCUGUCUGCAUGUCUCGCGUCCGAAGGUGGCUAUGAGCAAACCCAUAGAUUCGUCGUGGGCGAUAAAGCAGGUCAUGCAUUCGCUAGUAAUACAGCCACCUUCCCGUGGAGAAAGAGCAAAAUAAAAUCGUACCGGCGACUGGUUAAGUACAGCAUGAAGACAUGGUUGGGUAUGAAAAAAACGAUUGAAAUUCCGGCGACCUCCAAAACAGAUUUCAUUGCUGCGAUAGCGACGACGCACCCGUUGUGGAUUCCUUGCAAUGUACAGCUUCCAUUUGUUAGCCUACAUUUAUCUGUUUACACAAAACUUUCGCCUUGUUUCCUCAGACUGCAUUCCUGGACCGAGGGUGCGUGUUGGACCUCAAUGUUUCGUUCGUCCCUACCCCGGCGAGGGUGUCUAUAACGAUGGCGUUCCACGCCGUGCAAGCUGCCCUGAAAACCUCGACACCAUGGCAGAUCAUCGAGAUGGGCUACCUCGGGAGAGGGUAGCUAUUCUGAGGGGGUCUUGAACCUACUGGGCAUCGACCUUAUCGACAGGGGAGUUCGAAAAGCCGGACAACUGGAAAUAUAUGGACCACGAUAUGCCUAUACUACGUACUAGACUAGUUGCAAGGAAGAAGGAUGUAGAAGCAACACGGGUUCCUAGGCACAUACU